AUGGGUUGGCUGAGUCGGUUCCUAGUAGCUGUAACAUUCUUUGCCGUAGGAGUGCUCUUUUCUCCAGAAACUUUCGGAUCACAAUCGGUCAGUCAUCUCUCCGUUUACUUGAAGUUGGCUCACAUCCUCUGCUUCUCCACUGCUUUUGGUGCUGCUCUCUGGGUCACUUUCAUUGGCGGCAUCAUCAUGUUCAAGAAUUUGCCAAGGCAUCAGUUUGGUAAUUUGCAAAGCAAGAUGUUUCCUGCGUAUUUCUCAUUGGUGGGCGUUUGCUGCGCUGUCUCUGUGGCAGCGUUUGGUUAUUUGCAUCCAUGGAAAUCAGCAUCCACUGCAGAGAAGUACCAGCUUGGGUUUUUGCUUUCUUCCUUUGCUUUCAAUCUCACCAAUUUGUUUGUCUUCACUCCAAUGACCAUUGAGAUGAUGAAGCAAAGGCACAAGGUGGAGCGUGAAGAGAACAUCGGGACUGAGGUUGGGUGGUCAAAGAACAAGGAAGUUGCGAAGAUUAAUCCAAAGCUUGCUGCCAUGAACAAGAAAUUCGGAAUGAUCCACGGUUUAUCAUCCCUUGCUAAUAUCAUGUCAUUUGGCAGUCUUGCCAUGCACUCAUGGUACUUAGCAGGUAAGAUGGAUCUGUAA